AUGGCUGUUGAAGCUUCCAACAUCCAUUUCCUGGAGAGGGUUUUGCAGCCUCUUGUUUCCAAAGUGGCGGGGCCAAACCUCGCCCUCACAUACGUGGUCAAAAUCCGGGGCGGAGAGGUGACAGUGACAGUCCACCAGCCCUACGCCCACCGACCCCAUCACCGCAGCCAAGGACUCCCUCGACUCGCCCGCGGGGCCUCAGCCGGAACGCUGCUGCCCGGGCGGAACGAGUUUCCGGCCGGACGCGUGCUCCUUCCUCCCUGGAAACCCGCACUUCCGCCCUCAGAGUUCCCGCCCAUAGUUCAAGCUGGAAACAUGGAGAGGGCUCCUUCUCCUCUGCGGGACGUGGAGAGAGUGGCCAGGACCGACGAGAGGACGUUGGUCCCUGCCGCUUCCCGAAAAGACUUCCGGGUGCGCUGCACCUCGAAGCGGGCGGUGAUGGAAAUGCUAGAACUGUGCGGCAGCUUCGUGCAAAAACUCGGGGACGCGCUGCCAGAGGAGAUUCGCGAGCCCGUGCUGCGAGAUGCGCAGUGGACUUUCGAGUCAGCUGUGCAAGAGAAUGUCAGCAUCAAUGGGCAGGCGUGGCAGGAAGCUUCAGACAGUUGCUUUAUGGAUUCUGAUAUAAAAGUACUUGAAGACCAGUUUGAUGAAAUCAUAGUUGAUGUAGCCACAAAACGUAAGCAGUAUCCCAGGAAGAUCCUUGAAUGUGUCAUCAAAAUCAUAAAAGCAAAACAAGAAGUUCUGAAGCAGUACCACCCUGUUGUACAUCCAUUAGGCCUAAAAUAUGAUCCCGAUCCAGCCCCUCGUAUGGAAAACUUAAAAUGCAGAGGAGAAGCAAUAGCUGAGGGUAUCAGUGAAGCCAUGAAGCCUCAGAUUAAUGUUGAGUAUUACUGUUGCUUGUUUUUUAAGUCCUUGCCUGCCUUAAUUGAACAAGGAGAUGGAUUUUCCCAAGUUUUAAAGAUGCAGCCUAUCAUCCAGCUCCAGAGAGUCCACCAAGAAGUCUUUUCUGGUUGUUGUAGGAAACCCGAUGUUAAACCUGAGAGCUUUAUAGCGCAAAUAGAAACCACACCAGCAGAGACUUCUACUAGGAAAAGCACUGACUUGGUACUGAGAAGAAAGCGAACUAAAGACUGCCCGCAGAGAAAAUGGUAUCCAUUGCGGCCAAAAAGAAUCAAUCUUGACACCUAAGCUCCUUUGUUUGUCUUGGGAGUGGAAAUCGGGCACUGUCAGCGUUUAGACUACAGCCUAAUGCCUAGCUGGGACUUCCAGAGUGGCUCUUUGCUGGGAUGUGAUGUCACAUUGUAUGUCUUUCCUCACCUUUCAUCGAGAGCCAAUGGAAAGCAUAUAGUUUCUAAAUAUUGGCACAAAGCCCGUCAGUGGUCAUUAACAGCGCAGACUUUUACGGUCUUUGAAUCCCAUCAACACUUGGUUGCCUUACAGCUUUUAUGGAGUUCCAAAAGUAAAAUACUCCUUUGGGGUUCCUGCAUAUACGUCUUGCUUAAAAAAAAGAAGAGCUAUGUAGCAGUUAUUUUUUAUUUAAGGACUGAAAGACAUCUUCAUUUCUACAUAGGAACAGAUGCAGUUGUGUUUUUGUUUUUUGUCUUUUUCUAAUGCAGUUUGAUUUAUCAAGUUAAUAUGCAGAUGACAAGACUGGCUUUGACUUUGUUACUCUUAAGUUCUGCCGAGUUGGAUUUGUGGGAUCAAUUUUAGGAUUUUUUGGUUUUGUUUUGAAAGACGAAGAUAAUGUGUAAGAAUUUCUCUUAGAAAUAAAAAUUGGUAUGUAGCCAAUGUUUCUUACCUACAGUUUGUUUUCCAUAGACCUUUUGACUUUUAAACAUAAUUUGUCUUGGAACUAAUAAUUUAUUUUCAGGAUUCUCACUUCUCUGCAGAUGAUUCGAGUUCAAAAAUAUAUAACAGAUUAAUACAUUAAACAAAUUGCCAUUGUAGAACAAAUAUAGAUGCAGUCAUACUAUUUUAUAUUCAAGGAUGUCUGUAUAUAAAGUAUAUAAUCAUUGGUGGAAGUCUGAGAAAGCUAUAUUGCCUGGACUUCUAACGUUUAACUAUAGUUUCUUAGAGCUCUUAUCGUGCCUCUUACUCACAUUAACACAAUGUAGGGCAGGGCCAUCGAAUUUGCCAACCGUGUCCCGAUUAAUGACUAUAUACCUUCAUUCCUUUGCAGAGCAAUUUACUAAUCAUGAGGUUGGAAAAAUCUGUCCUUCUCUUGUUCAUUAUGUCUUAAUAAUCAUAAAAGUCUAAAAUGUGACAGAAAGUCUGUCUCAGUGAAGAAAACUUCAAAAGCUACUCUAUCCCAUUCAGUAUUUGAAUGUUACAACUUGAGAUUUGUAUAUUUGUGUGUUUUUUAUUAAAAUAAUGUGUUUUUAUUAAAAUAAUGUACAAAGAC